AUGCGUUUCCCUGUGUUCUUCUAUUUGCUGAGCGUGUCGCUCGGGUUUUUGUGUGUGAUGUUCGUGUGUCUGUGGAGUGGGACUUGGAGAGGAGGAUUUGCCUGGGAUGGAUCUUUUUUGCAGUUUAAUUGGCACCCGGUUCUCAUGGUGACAAGUCUCGUGGUGAUGUAUGGAAAUGCCAUAGUCCUAUACCGUGUUCCUCUCACCUGGAGCCGGUGGUGGUGUAAGCGGGCCCACGCAGGGCUGUUGUUUGUGGCCAUGGUGCUGUCUGUUCUAGGAGUGUGUGCUGCCUUUGAUUUUCACACUGCCAACAACAUCCCUCAUCUGUAUUCAUUACACAGCUGGACUGGGAUCUCCACAGUGGCCCUAUUCACUUUGCAGUGGUUUGUGGGUCUUUGUGCUUUCUUGUUGCCCUGGACCCCUUUGGCUUUCAGAGCCCGUCUGAAACCUCUUCACAUCUGGAUGGGCAUUGCCAUCUUCAUCCUGAGUCUCAUCACCAGCCUGUCUGGGAUCAAUGAAAAACUACUGCUGACACUAAAUGGGAGAAAUGGAAGCAAUACCAAACCAUAUACGGCACUGCCUGCUGAAGCUCUUUUUGCAAACUCAUUAGGCAUUGCAGUUGUUCUUUUUGGAUUGUUAGUGCUGAAACUUCUGUCCAGUCAGAAAUGGAAGCAUCCAGAGUCUGAGAAUGAAACUGACAGACCUUUGCUGACAGAUGCCAGAUGAAGACUGGAGUAAACAAGAAGAAACAUGCGUAUAUCACAAUUAUACAAACCACUUUUUUACUACUCUGUGGCAGCUGACUGGUUUUAUGUUUGCUUCGUUUACACAUCCAAAACAAAUUGAGUGCCCAGUUGAUUGACAUGAAAUAGAACCUUAUCAAU